AUGCAAAACGAUGCGGGUGAAUUCGUGGAUAUGUAUAUCCCUCGCCGAUGUGACGUCAGCAAUCAACUAAUUGGGGCAAAGGAUCACGCCUCAAUUUCACUGCGUCUAGCUGAAGUCGACUCGAAAACUGGUAGGAUGACCGGAAAAUACCAAACUUUCAACAUAUCUGGACAAAUCCGCUCAAUGGGCGAAUGUGAUGACUCAUUGAACCGACUUGCUAUAAAAGCGAAGAUGCUCCCAAAGUGA